UGUGAGACUGUGUCCAGGGGCACGCGCUACGGCCAUGUUUAGGAUAGUAAUUACCGCGAGACCUCCAAAAAGAAGUAAACGAAGAAGGAGGAGGAGGAGGGGGGCACCUGUGAGGUCAGGUACUCUGUAGUCUGCUCUCCGAGGCUCCACCUCCUGCUGAUUCGCAGUUCUCCUCGCCCAAAGCGCCGCUCUGCGAUCUCCGCGCAGUUUCAGCUGCGCAAACGGCUUGUCCACACCAUUUUUUAUUCGGUCCCGGACUUCUUAACUUGUCACCAUGAGCGCCAUGGCUUCAGAACAUGUGUUUUUGUCCGCUUUACAGCCCAACACCUCGGUCACUACCUACGGACUCCCGUCGGAUAUCCAGCUCGGGAACGGGACCUCCGUGUCGGAUGAGAUAGCCAAAGCCCGGCGCGUCCAGCAGCAGGUCCAGAUGAGACUCGCGGAGAAGUCUACACUUCCGCGUCAGAACGGAUCAGUUUCACACCACGCCAUGUCAGACUAUGGUGGUUCUUCAACAAUGAAAUAUCAGACCUACAGCCCGGCUUUCACCUCUAAAUCGUCCUAUGUGUACUCAGGCUCCAGGACAAUGGGUCCACGCGUCUCCCAGAGGUCAGGCUUCAGCUGCAUGUCUGCUGGCCCAGACAUGGGCCAGUUGCACAGGAUCAGUGUCGGGGGUGGAGGGUUAGGUGGUGGUGGUGGUAUGUAUCGAGAAGACAUGAGGCUGGGAGGCUACCAGGGGACCAUCAGACAGCAGAGCCAGAUGGAAACACAGCCCUUGUCCAUGCAUGCAGUGCGGCAGCAUACAGCACAGGUGAAUCCUGGAUCCUGGAUGGUUGAUGGCAGCGAUGCUGGCAGCUUGGUCUCCGACCGGGACGCCACCUUCAGCCGGCAGUAUGCUCAAAGUGCAACCAAUGGCUACACCAGCCAGGUGAGGCAAGGAGGAUCCAUGACCUUCGUAGCACCCAUGCGCCGAUCUCUUAGUGGCACUCUUGUCCGUGGUGGAGGGGUGGCAGGAGAAGAGAUGGAGAUCGCCCAGCAGCAUUCCUUCAAGGGCCCAGCUCACCGCACCAUCAGCAGGAUUACAAACCGAAACCGGAUGAGCAUGGGCUCCAUGUCUGGGGCCAUGCAGCGCCCAAUCUCCUCAGGUGGGAGCAACUAUGGCGGAGGAGUUGACCGAGUGGACAGAGGGUUCAUCGCAUCCGGAGUGUCCUCUGCUUCCCAGGGGAACCUCACAAUGCAGCGUCCCUUGUCCCGUGCCAUGUCUAUUAAAAGCAUGCAGAGUGUGGGCAGGGGCGUGGACAUCUAUGGCGGGCAGAUGGCGAUGGGGGCCAGCAUGGGCAACCUCAGCGGGAUCAACGCCCUGGACAUGCCCACAGCAGUGCAACACCUGAGAGAGUCCGACCCUGAACUGCAGGUCCUGGGUGCCGCCUACAUUCAACAUGAGUGUUACAAUGACAGUGACGCCAAAGUCGAGGUGCGUCGCUUGAAGGGCAUUGCUGAGUUGGUGAAGCUGUUCAACAGUGAAAACCAGGAAGUGCAGCGUUUUGCCACUGGGGCCACACGCAACCUCAUCUACGAGAACAUGGACAACAAGGUGGCCCUGAUCGAAGAGGGCGGCAUCCCUGAGCUGGUCGAGGCGCUCAAGGAGCCCGACGAUGAGCUCCGCAAAAACAUCACGGGUAUCUUUUGGAACCUUUCGUCCAAAGACAACCUGAAGCAGAAACUGGCCAAGGAGACACUUCCUGAUCUGACUGAGAAGAUCCUCAUCCCUCUGUCAGGCAGCAGAGACUCUGAGGACAUCAAUCUGUCUCCCUCUGAGGCAGAGAUCUUCCACAACACCACGGGAUGCCUCAGGAAUCUGAGCUCUGUGAAUGAGAAGACCCGUCAGAUGAUGAGAGAAACAACUGGACUAGUGGACUCUUUGGUGACCUACAUCAAGGCCUUCAGUGAGGACAGCAAGGCAGAAGACAAGGGGGUUGAAAAUGCAGUGUGUAUCCUGAGGAACCUCUCCUACCAGCUCUACAGUGAGAUGCCUCCAUCUGCUCUGAUGCGCCUGGAAGGACCAACCAGAGCUGAGGGCUCAGGAAAGGGUGAUGCCAUUGGCUGCUUUACACCUCAGAGCAGGAAAGCCAAAAAUAACAAGAACCAGGAUCUCUUCAUUUUCUCAGAGGUUGCUCGGGUGCCAAGGGGCAUGGAGUGGCUGUGGCACCCUCAGAUCGUGGGAGUGUACAACAGUGUGCUACGUCAGUGUGAGAUAAACUCCACCACCCGCGAGGCCGCUGCUGGAGCGCUGCAGAACAUCACCGCUGGAGACAAGAGGUGGGCUUCGGUGCUCAGCAGGGUGGCUCUGGAGCAGGAGCGCGUGCUGCCAGUGUUGCUGGACCUUCUGCGUACCAACAAUGACCUGGAGCUGCGUUCUCUGACAGGCUUACUCCGAAAUCUGUCCCGCCACGCUAGGGAUAAGAACGACAUGGCUACAAAGGUGGUGAACAACUUGGUGAGCAAACUUCCUGCUGACGGACACCAGAAGGAGCCGUCCAGCGACGUGGUGGUCAACAUCUGUGGUGUUCUCAAUAACCUGGUGACCAGCAGCUCUGUAGCUGCCAGAGACAUCACCUUCUUUGAUGGCCUGCCAAAACUGGUCGGCAUCAAAACCUCACAUGACUGCAGCUCUGGAAAGACAAAAGCAGCGAAAGCAGCGGCCACAGUUCUCAGCAACAUGUUCCAGUACAAGAAACUGCACAGCUCAUACAAAAAUAAAGGUUAUAAGAGAGAGGACUUUGUAGAUAUGACGAUCUAAAACAAAGGUAAUGUAUUACAAGUUCACUUCUACAACAGUGAGCAGCCCUGCACUCCCCUUCUGGAGGAAACCUUCUCGGAUGUGCGAGAGUAAAUGGACUCUUUUAUUCUAUUCAAACAUGACAUAGGUUGACUUUUUGUGUGCCGUACUUUGUGAUGAGAACAUGAACACACAAAUGAUGGACCGGAUGGACUUCCUGUUUUUUUUUUUUUGUUUGUUUGUUUUUUUAAAAUCUUGAUGAACUGUCAGUACACUUCAAGAAAUGUGGAUCCUGUAUGGUGGACUAUUGAUGGACCCUGAUGCAAAUGUAUGCACCUUAACCAUCUACUCUCUUUGUUUGAAUACUGUAUGUUUUAGCGUGGAAUCAGGGGUUUCUUUUCUCUCUGUGCAACAUGUGUUGAGAUGAAACUGCAGCCAUUUGUGUGUCUGACAUCUGAAAACAGUUUCCUGUUGAUGGACAGCAUGGUGGACGUGUGUGCGUUAUUGUGUCACUGCUGCACCUCAAUUACAGCAUGAGCGAAAACAAAUGUGGUACUAACAUGGCAUUUUUGUAAAUACUGCUUUGUCUUUUAAGCAGAAAUCAAAUGGGGUUUUUUUUUAUACUGUGGCUAUGAACUUUGCAUUUUGUGAUUUUUGGAUAGAUAAAUAUAUGUUUAUAUAUGAGUCAAAACUAAAACAUAUAGUCAUUUUGGAAUGUAAACCAUUUAAAUUUAGAGAAUUACUGAAAUUUGGAUGUGAUUUGUUUCAGAAAUCAGGGAAUAAGGAUUGUGCAUGUCUUUAGUUAUGUGCUUUUUGUAGCUGACAGAAUCUUCUUGUUGUCAUACAGAAUGUUUGUUUGUGACAUUUGUAAUCACUUUGUCAAACAAAACUCAUACUAGCACCAUUAUGUCUGUUUAUUUUUCUUUAACAUACCAUUACAACUACUGUUCUAUUUUAAUAUAUGGUUUGGGAGUGAAACACUUAACUUUGUUUUCUGAACAAAUACAACACUUGUUUAGUAUCUGCCGUCUUUUAAUGUGGCUGCUUUUCAGAUCGAGACCCCAACGAAACUUAUUUCUGUUGGCACAUAUAAGAGUUAAAUUCUGUUUGUGAAACUUGUAAAUAUUCUCACAAAAUGUUUUGUUCACAAACUCAGAUAAAUCUCGGAACUGUAACUAUUACUGCGCUGUUGGAUAAAUGCUCACCAUGUGUUUCUGUGGCUGCCUUUUUGCUGUACGCAGGCAGAUGUAUCAUGUGGAUAUUUUUAAAGCAAAUAAAGAGACAGACAUGGAA